AUGUGCUACAAAGUCCACACGCACACCCUCUCCUGCGACGUCCGGCCCAUCAUAUCAUCCACCAAAACACACUACAUCAACCCGUACGAGACACCGCCCUCUUGCGCCUGCCCGCUCCCGCGCUUCUCCUCCUCGCACGCCGGCCGCUGCCCCUCGCACGGCUGCUGCAGCCUCUCCAGCACCCUCCACCACUGCCGCAGGGCGUGUCGCCGGCCGACCCAUUACCACCGCUACGUCUGCGACCACCCAUCCCCUUCCUCCUCUUCCUCAUCGCGCCGCCAUUCGUACAGCUACUCCCGCCCGCCAACGCCCAUCCCGUCCCACACGCCCUGGCGCCGGCUGCCCACCUUCGACCGCGACGCGGACUUCCAGACCGCCGAGUCGGGCGACUUCAAAUUCGCCAUCUCGGAGCUGCUCGACAUCGGCCGCAUCCUCCUGCACGCCGAGGCGGAGCUCGAGAAGGGCCGGCAGCGGAUCGAGAGGGAGCGGCGGCGGCACGCGGCGUCGCAUGGCGGGGCGUGCGGGAAGGUGCUGGAUGCGUGGGAGUGCGGAUGGACGCGGCGGAUCGCGUUGAUGGGCGCCGAGGCGGAUGAUUUGAAGCUGAGCACGGAGAUUUUGGCGGAUUGCUGGGUGAAGUAUGUGGGUUUGCUGCGGAAGUAUGAGAGGAUGGGGCAGAGGAGGGUUAGUGGCAUCCUCGAGGAGCCGGCGGCGACGGAGGAGAGAACGAGUAAGAGGCCGAGUGAUCGGGGUAGUGAGAAGACGACGCGGUAUCGGAGUGAGGAUCGUCCGCGGACCCAGGGGCGGCACCGGAGUGAGGUGAGGUUUACGGGCGGGGAAUACCGUCAUGGUGAGGAUCGGAUCCAAGUUGAGGAAGAGAGGCCUCGGAGGCAUAGUCGACGGGGAAGCUGGGGUGGCGAGGACCGUAGUCGCGAUCGAGAGUGGGAUCGUGAGAAGGAAAGACGGCAUGCCGCCCGUGACUAUGAGCGACGACCUCGUCAAAAGACAUACAUCGUGGGAGAUCGCCGAACCUAUCGAGAGCCAUCGAGAGAUGAGCGACCGCGAAGCUGGUGGAGGCUGUGA